AACACGUGUGGUGAGAAUCACGCGUGUCGGGAGGCCACGGAUCGUGCUCAGGGCUAAAAUUAAAUUUACUUAUCAAUCAUCAUGGCUGUGAGAGCAUCAUUUGAGAAAAACAACGAGAUAGGCUGUUUCGCCAAACUUACCAAUACGUACUGUCUGGUGGCGAUUGGCGGAGCGGAGAAUUUCUACAGUGUGUUUGAAGGAGAAUUGUCAGAAACUAUCCCAGUGGUUCACGCCUCCAUAGCUGGCUGCCGCAUCAUAGGGAGGAUGUGUGUGGGUAACCGCCACGGCCUUUUGGUGCCUAAUAACACGACAGACCAGGAGCUGCAACACAUCAGAAACUGCCUACCAGAUUUGGUCAGAAUCCAGAGAGUAGAAGAGAGACUGUCUGCGCUGGGCAAUGUCAUUGCGUGCAACGAUUACGUAGCGCUAGUCCACCCAGACAUUGACAGGGAAACAGAGGAAAUCCUGGCAGAUACGCUGAAGGUGGAGGUCUUCCGUCAGACGGUGGCAGAACAGGUCCUGGUAGGAUCCUACUGUGCUUUUAGCAAUCAGGGGGGCCUGGUCCAUCCAAAGACCUCCAUAGAGGACCAGGACGAGCUGUCAUCUCUGCUUCAAGUCCCACUGGUGGCUGGUACAGUUAACCGGGGCAGUGAGGUCAUCGCAGCAGGGAUGGUGGUCAAUGACUGGUGCGCGUUCUGUGGCCUGGACACUACCAGUACAGAACUGUCCGUCAUUGAGAGCGUGUUCAGGCUCGGUGACACGGCACAGCCCUCUGCCAUUGCCACCAGCAUGAGAGACUCGCUGAUCGAUAGCCUGACAUAAUUGGCAGUCUCUCCAGUGAUCUGCCGUUAUGAAGCUGUACUGUGAUGCAUCUGGUCGAGGAGCCGAAGUUAAAAAGCUGCUGCAACAAACUUUUCUAUUCAACACCUAUUUCCACACCUACUGUUCACUAUCAUUUGAAGCUACAGCUCGCAAUUGCGGUCGUGGUGUAGCAGCCAUCUUGUGUCCCUUUUUGUAUUAAGCAUCGAGUUAAAGACAACCCCGCCCCCUUUCCCUCGGUGACCUCGCUUGCAAAUUGAUAAAGGAGUAAAUGAUACCUUCCAGUUCAGACAGAGAAAGCCAAACAUCUAAAACCGUAUCAACUUCUGUUUGGGAUUGACACUGGUGAAGACUGUCAGACAUCCCAUUUUAAAGAGUAACAAUUUUCAGAGAAACUUAGAAACUUGAAAUGGCCAACGAGCGCACCGAAGGCCUUGUCAUUAGACUAGGAGACAGAAAAUGUUGCUGCAGAAGGCAAUUAGUUGUCUCAGCCUGAAGUUGCACAGCAAAAGAAAAAUCUCUCUUGUCUGUGGCAGAGGAAUAUUUUUAUUUUUACUCCAUUCUCUAUUCUGGUCUUUUGGACCAGAAUAGCCAAAAAAAUAACCUACUCUGUGCCGAAAAGGAUAUACAAUCAGAUCCAUUACUGUCUGUGUCAGUUCAGCAGGAAUAACUGGAGACUGCUGUUGAAAGACUUAUCUGAAUAUCUAGGUUCUGAGACAGAAGUGGCCUGUGGAUGAAAGUUGUAUUACUGAUGAAUUGUUGAUUGAAAACUGGACUCCAGCUUGACAGAAAUGUUUCAUUUAAGGCACAGCAACAUUUUAGGUGGGCAACAGCACCAUAGGAGGCAUUCAAAUGAAUCGGUUCAUCUGGAUACAACGUUUAUCGACAGAUACUGAGGAGAUACUUGACAUGAAACUGGUCGUUGGUUUUGGUUGUUCUACAUCUCUCGCCAUUUUACAGUGGUGUGAUUGCAACAUUCCCUAAUCCUCUGUGAAUAGGACACAUGGCCAUUGAAACUAGUUAAUGGUCACACCCAUAUUUGCAUAUGAAACUGGUCGUUGGUUUCGGUCGUUGUGCAACUGUAUUGUACUGUAUUGUUUAUAAGGGAUGGGGAUACCUGCAGUCAGUUUAGACUGAAUAUGCCACUUAGUUGAGUGAUGAAGCGUUUUAGUAAAAGUAUGUCAUUAAACGUUGUAUCCAGAUGAACUAAUUCAAUCUGCUUUGAUUUUCUUACCUGGAUUGAGCAUGCAUCAAGACAUAGGAACAAUUGCAGUAUUGCUGCUUUAAUCACUCAAUCACAUGGGAAGAUCUUGUUGCUGGGAGACAUUUUAAUGAAUUGUUUUUAUCUCACUUUAUCUUGUCUCACUUUAAUGUCGCCUGGGACUGUUGCCCAUCUGCAUUACCCGUAUAAAAUAUAUAUCGCCACCCCAAAUCCUUUUUGUAAUUUCACUCUAGAAGUCAAUGUUUGCCAGGCACUUUCAGUGUUCUGUGUGUUUGUGAGCCCAAUUUUAUGUCGACUUCAAUGAAGAAGAACAACAUCCAACAGAUAGUCAGAACUGAUGUGUAAGAAAAUAUCAGUGUUUACAAAUGUGUAUGACAUUGCUUUGGGGUUAAACACAAAAGUUUUGCUGAUGCUCAUGUACAGAUAUUUCCCCUACGCUAAAAACUGCUCCCUUUUUGAGGUCUAGAAUGACUAGACAUGGUUCAUAUUGGACUGGACAUGUCUAGUCAGCUGUCCAAUAACGACAAGCUAUUGUGUAAUUUCAUUGUCAAACUGUGUCUUACACCUUAACAUAAAAUAAUUCUUGAGGCAAAAAAUGGAAUGACAAACUGAAUUGGGGGUAGGAUGACAGGUUUUCAAAGUACAUUAUCGGAGUAUCUACACUCUUAAAGUACAAAUUUUGUGACUUUUAGGACCCAUGUAAUACCUCCAAAUGGAAAAAAAAACUCAUUGGAAAAAGAAAAAUUGACAAACUAGACAAUAUACACUGUUGUUUUUUCAAUUGAAUAUGAAUAUAAAAGCAAGUUUCUGUGCAAAUUAGCUGACAACAGCCUUGUUAAUUAAUGAAAAUAAAGCUAUGUAAGUAGACCCAGUCAAGUGGAAAACAAGAGUAUCAAAUACACAUAAGAGGGCAUUAUAGAGACUGGUCAAAA